AAAGGGCGUCCCAACUGCCCGACCCCAUACAUAGACCAGCAUUACGCCCCGUUGCCGUUGGUCGGCCGGCGAGUCGACAAGGAGAAGCACGGCCAGAGCGAGAUGUCCUUCUUCUUCCGGAUGGCGUCGCGGCUGCGGCCGUCGACGCCGGAGGAGGUGGUCCGCUCCAUCAAGGACUCCUUCCUCGCGCUCCACACCAGGACCCACGCCAAGGCUUUGGAAGAGAUUGAGAAAAACAUCUCAUCUUUGAGGCUGAUGCUCUCUGGUGAUGGAGAAGUAGAACCAAAUCAAGAGCAGGUCUUGCAAAUAACCCUUGAGAUUUGUAAGGGGGACGUCCUUUCCCUCUUCGUCCAGAAUCUGCCUUCCUUGGGUUGGGGGGUAAGAAAAGAUCUGGUUCACUGCUGGUGCAUUUUGCUUAGGCAGAAGGUUGAUGAAAGUUAUUCCUGCGUGCAGUAUAUUGAAAAUCAUCUGGAGCUUUUAGAUUUCCUAGUCGGUUGCUACAAGAACUUGGAUAUUGCAUUGAACUGUGGGAAUAUGUUAAGAGAAUGCAUAAAGUACCCAACACUUGCAAAAUACAUAUUGGAAUCCAGUAGCUUUGAGCUGUUUUUUGAGUAUGUUGAGCUGCCAAACUUUGAUAUUGCUUCUGAUGCUCUGAACACCUUCAAGGACCUGCUGACCAAGCAUGAAACUGUUGUUGCGGAGUUCUUGAGUUCCCACUACGACCAGUUCUUUGAACUCUACACAAGGCUCCUGUCAUCGACUAAUUAUGUAACAAGAAGGCAGGCAAUGAAGUUCCUUUCAGAAUUUUUACUGGAGGCUACCAACUCUCAAAUAAUGAAGCGAUACAUUCUGGAAGUUCGUUUUUUAAAUAUCAUGAUUAAUCUACUGAAGGAUUCAAGCAAAAAUAUCAGAAUAUGUGCCUUCCACGUUUUUAAGGUAUUUGUCGCCAAUCCAAACAAGCCUCGCAGUAUAAUUGAAGUUUUGCUGGACAAUCGCAGGGAACUGUUGAAGCUACUCCACAAUCUUCCUACAAGUAAAGGUGAAGAUGAACUUGAUGAGGAGAGAGAUCUAAUCAUUCAGGAAAUCGAGAAGCUGGCAUGACCAUCAGUAUAAACCCUUCAAGUCAUCAGAUAGCAACAAAACUGUCUUCUUUUGGAGGACUUUCAGCAAUUAUCUACCAAACUACCAAACGGUCCAAAACCAUGUAUAUCACACGAAGCCUCUAAGAGCUGUAGUCUUUUUCGGAGGAUUUUGCAGCUGAUCGACAGGAGACCAUGGUAAAGGGAUAUAGCAAGAAGAAGAACAAGAGAUGCAGACCAUGGUAGAGAGAGAGAUGCAAUACACGAAACAGCUUGUGGGAGGGAUUUUAGUUUUCUUCGAUAACAAGAGACGGCGUGUUACCUUUGUUAUGUGAUGUGUGCUGUCAGCAAAUUCAGUAUGGAGAAAUUGCUGGUUCUAUUAGUGCCAGUUACUGGUGC